UGGGAAAAACGUCAUCUGUGACCGAACAGCAACCCCCCUAGAUGCCUUCAGGAUGAUGUCUGCUGCCCAUUAUUACCCCAAGCUUAUGAGCAUCAUGGGGAAUGUCCUACGCUUCCUGCCUGCUUUUGUGAAGAUGAAGCAGCUGAUUCAGGAGGGCUAUGUGGGGGAGCUCCUGGUGUGUGAGGUUCAGGUUCACAGUGGGAGCCUGCUGGGCAAAAAGUAUAAUUGGAGCUGCGAUGACCUGAUGGGGGGCGGGGGCUUGCACUCAGUUGGCACCUACAUCAUUGACCUCUUGACCUUCCUCACUAGCCAGAAGGCUGUGAAAGUCCAUGGGUUGCUCAAGACCUUUGUGAAACAGACGGACCACAUCAAAGGCAUACGUCAGAUCACCAGUGAUGACUUCUGUACGUUUCAAAUGGUUUUGGAAGGUGGGGUAUGCUGCACUGUGACUCUGAACUUCAAUGUCCCAGGGGAGUUCAAACAGGAUAUUAUUGUGGUAGGUUCAGCUGGACGACUGAUUGUAAUAGGCACUGAUCUGUAUGGGCAGAGCAACAGUUCUCCUCAAAGGGAGCUCCUUCUAAAGGACUCCACACCCGUCAGCAACUCCUUGUUGCCUGAGAAGGCCUUCAGUGACAUCCCAUCACCAUACCUUCGAGGCACUAUUAAGAUGGUGCAGGCUGUCCGGCAGGCAUUUGAGGACCAAGAUGACAGAAGAACUUGGGAUGGAAGGCCCCUUACCAUGGCUGCCACCUUUGAUGACUGUCUGUAUGCCUUGUGUGUAGUGGACACCAUCAAAAAGUCAAACCAGCUCGGGGAAUGGCAGAACAUUUCAAUCAUGACGGAGGAGCCGGAGCUGAGCCCUGCAUACCUCAUCAGUGAAGCCAUGCGUAGGAGCAGAAUGUCUCUCUACUGCUAGCUGGACUUCAGCUCUUAGCACAGAAUGGAAAUUGCACAGUUCUUAAAGAAAAGUCAGAUAGGGCAAGUGUUUGGGCAUGGAAAGGGUCAACAUUUUGGGAGAAGGAAACAUGUUUAGAUCAACUAAACUAAUUGGUGCCUAGAUGCUACAGUGAUGGAAGCAGUGAAAAUGCCUAAUAUAGAUAAAAAUGAGUUGUGUAAGAGCUAAUCUAAAUAACUUGUGACUAUUUAGUAGCAGUAUUAACUGGCUGGAUAGAAUGAUAUCAUGAACUCAGUCUCCUACUUGGAGGUGCUGUGCUUAAACCCAAUUGUGUUUACUGUGAAAGAUCAGGAAGGUCCUUCUUGAUGGUUGUUUUUUUUUUUCCCCCUCUCAUGCUAGGGCCUGUGAAGGUGCUGUCAUGUCAGAAAGUUUCUGAUGGUAUCUGAUGUGAAUAGUUCAUACUAUGCUAACUAACAACAACACCCCGUACUAUUACCUUACUAACCAGUGCAUAGAAUAAUAAGGCUUCGUGUGACAGUGUCACGUGUCCUGGACAAAUUUGGCAGCUCCUGUUUCAUAGCUUAUUCUAAGCGCCUGCGGGGUAUUUUUUUUAGCAUAAUUAAAUAGGGAAAAUUGUGGCUUUUAUAAACAAAUCAAUCUUCAACAGCAACUCGUGUGUGUGUAGGAGGGCAUUCUGUAAGCUCCUGCUGAGCUUCAGUAUUAGCUAUACAAAUUUGCUUAUAAAGAAGGACUGAGCAAAACCUUUGUAAACAAAACUCCAGACUGCAUGAUACUCUACUGAUAGUGGGUUUUGUUGCACGGUCAAAGCUCAGGCCAGUUUUAUCAAGGUUUCCACAAUUUUCAGCAUGCCUGGCAUUGAUUUGUGAGUGAAUUUGUCUUGCAUUGUGGCUUGAGGUUGUAAAUGUAUGAAACGAAGUGGGUUGCCACCCAAAGCCAGGUGAGGUAUGAAAGAAGGUGGUUUUAACUUUUGUAUUCUUUUAAGCCUAAGUGAACCCCGACUCUACAAGGAAAAUGCUUGCACCAACCUGCAGACUUCCAGGUCCAGACAGGAAGAGUGUGAACUAAAAAUCACUAGGAAUGAGAGAAAUACUGGGAGCAUCUACACAUUGCAAUUAAUGUGGCACAGUAAAUUCUGGUGCAUAUAGUACUGGAGUUUAUUGCUCCUGGGUGCUAUGUUUAUACAUGUGAUCGGGCCCACAGAACAUUGAGUGGGUUGGAGCAGCUCUGGCUGGCAGGGAGACCAAGGG